AUUAAAAGAAAAAAAAUAUAAACGUCAGAACGAGAACACAUGAGUUUAUUUACUUUUUAAUAUUUAAUCUUUAUGUGCCCUUUAAAUAUUAAAUAUGACAGAAUAUCAUCGUAUUUCGGCGUGGUACAAUACCGAAGAAUGGUUUCGCGCCUACAAUUACAUAUAUUCAGAACCAUCGGAUUUAAAUGAAGCGCUUAACCUUCUUCUCAUCUGGAAAGCGAGAAGUCCAUUUCUUCCCUCCGGUGUCGAAUCAACGUUAAUAUUACUACAAGUAUACGUACAAGAUGUGAAUAGCCAUGAUGAUUCUGCUUCGGAACGUAUUAUUAGAUUGGCCUAUUCAUCUGCAAUUAUGCGGUUCGUCAAUCAUAUGUUUGAUUCUCAAACUAUGAAAGGUCAAAGUCUUUAUAAUGCGGCAAAAUAUUUAGGUAUUCCGGAUUGGAUAGUGGACUUGCGACACGAUACUGCUCAUGGAAACAAUCUCCCUACGCUAGAGUUGUUUAGAGAGGCCACUCUUUUUGGAUUUGAUUGGCUUCGAAAUAACUAUUGGGAUAAACAAAAGACCCAGAUUCAAGAUUUUGUUACAGGCGUAAAAGUUAUAAGUGUAGGUGUCCAGGAAAGAAUUGAAGUUCUCAUGAAUAUAUUUUCAACACUGAGUAUUUGUGCUCAUUCUAAAUGUAGGAUAAAAAAUUUAGCAGAGAUACCUAAUCCUACAAUGAGGCAAUCAAUUGUAGAUGAUCUCCAAUAUGUAUUCAGAGGCAAUAUUAAUUUAUCUAAAUUAAAAACUGUUACAAUAGCGAAUAUUGUUAAAAACCUGGAUGAUUUAGCUAAAGAGUUAUUCCACAGUAAAGAUAUGAUAAAUCACAUGAAUAAACUACUGCUGGGCAGCAAUUCACUGUUCCUCUCAAAGGAACUGAUCACUUUCAUGGGACCUGUUAAUUUAAUAAGAAAAAAAGAUUUCAAUGAUAAUUAUGUGCAGUGCUUUGAGUUGCUGCUCACUUUUCUUCAUACUAAUAAUUUACUCAUUGAUUUUAUAUUAGAGUUAAUAAAAAUAACUAGAAGUCAAGAUGAAAAUAGUAAUCACAAGGCACUAAUUGCUGCGCUGUGGCUUAAAAAUAUUCUGGCUGCCUUACAGAGGUGUAAAAAAUUUAUAACUAAAACAAAAAUGAUGAAUUCUGAAGAUAUUAUGUCUAAGACAAGAAAAGAAUUAAAAACACUGUAUCAUCAUUGGUUUCCAAAUGAAAAUAUUGAUAACAUUCUCCUGCUUGAUUUGCAAAAGGGUGUGCCAUCAGAACUAACAGAUAUAAUCUUUAUUCAGCCAAUCAUUUCAGAAUACAAUCCUUACCUUACAUACUUUGUGAAAAAUUUACUGGAUUUUGUUGAACCAGCUCUACCUACUGGAGUCUUCUCUAAAAUAUGUAACUUGGCCAAAGUCAUAUCGGGCACAGUUCAAAAGUCUGGUAAAACCUCAAAGAUAUAUACAGUGGAUGAUUUAAAACUGCCUGAUCAUGUUGAUUUAACAGAACAGAUGGACAUUGAUGAUGAAGCAGUCCCAUUACCAACCGAGUGUGCAGAUGUAGAAGUAAACUUAUAUGGUGUGUGGAAACUGGCUUCAAAGAACUACAGUUGGGACACCACUCCUAUAGGCCAGCUGCCAUGGACAGUUAUUAAUGAACAAAAAACUGAACAAAACUGUGUGGAUAUGUAGUCAAGCAAAAAAAUAAAUAUUUUUUUCCACUGAA